UUGACUUUCAGCAGUGCAAUAAUUAUUCUUUCUCCCAAUAUUCAAAAAUCUUUGUGAAACUCCAAAAAUUUGAUGAAAAUAAUGGAAGAAUUCUGAAAGAAAGUAGAAAAGCAGAGUCGAUAAACUAGAACCCAAAACAACACUUCCACCCCAAUUCUGGGGGAGAAAAGAGCGCCCCCACUCGCCCUUGCAUCCCCUAUGCAAUUCGAAGUAAAUAUAUACCCCUCGGAAGUACAUACACCAAGGGGGGGUGAUAUAAUCUGUCAUAUGGGGUCGAGAAAGGCGCCGUGUUGGGUUCUUUUGAGCCAACACGGGCGCCUCUAAUCACAAACAAAUUAUCCCCAUGGAAAAAAUCGUUUGCAACAGUGAAUCCAAACAUACGGUCAAUGCAAACAGCUGUUAACCAAUAUCGCGUACAGUGAGAUAAAUAAAAAGUUUAAAAUUCCAGUUAAAAGUUUAUCGCAAGUGCAGAUGCACUCACUGGGGGGUGGGAUGGGGGGAUACAAAUUAGUGGCAAAUAUGGGUCACUUUCACGGUGAUGCACUUAUUCGAUAGUGACAUCCAGUGUUUCUGGUGAUAGCCGGAAGUGGCUCCAGUUGUUAAAAUGGCGGCGUCAAAACCACCGGAAAUGAACUACACGUGUGAGAUAUGCGGAUUGGAGGGAUUCAAUGAUGAAGAGAUGAGAUCGCACAUGGUUAUUUAUCAUCUUCAAGGAGCUGCUAGCUGUCCCUUUUGCGAUUUGGGAGAAAUUUCACCAGCUGAGAUGUUGCUUCACGUUAAUAGCGCCCAUUUGGACUAUCUCACCCCGAGCACUCCCGAGAACGAUAUGAUGGCGUUCAUCGACGACGACUCGACGAUGGAGGACUCGGUGAAAGACGACGACAUAACCCAGGACUUAUCAUCUGAAUUAUUCAAUGAUUCAAUGCAAUCGCAUCAGUCACACCUGGUGAAUGGCUGGAGUGAGGCCGCCAGAGGUGGUGAUUCCCUGAGGGACUCUAAACCACCCAGUCCACCAUCCAGCCCCAUCAACAACAACAACAACAAUAUCAACAACGCUGGGAGUGUGGCUGGUGGAGCUAAUGUCAACAGCGAAUCAUCAGCAGGUCACGGUUCUCCCCUGCGUACCAGUUUGAAUCUCCAGCUGCGUUCAUACGCAUCCCCAAAGCCACGAGUCCAGGAGUGUCCAAUGUGCCCGUACAGUUCAGACAGUCAUCUCCGUCUGGAGGAACACAUAAAUCGUCAACACUUCGACCUGACAUCUCCCUCAUUUCCACCAGAGUCACCCCCAACCCGAGACAGCGUCUUCAACUGUCCCUUAUGCGUCACAUCAUUCCCCAACUCGUCAGACCUAGAGCUCCACGUGAAUAUCGAGCACAAGGACAUCCUCAGCCCAGCAAAGGGCUCUGGCGAACGAUCAGACGUAGCCUCCAGUGAACCUGACACACCGACAUGUCCAGUCUGUCUGAGCACUUCCUUCAGAACCAGUGAAGAGCUCACUGUUCACAUCGAGGAGCACUUCACCAAGAAGGGAACACCCUCACCAGUGACACCUGACUCCUCCUCAGACAGACUUCUCGCUAGGGACAUGGAGAGGCGAGAAAAAGAGGUCAGAAAACUCAGGGAGCAGAGGGAAUUCGAGAUGCUCAGGGCUCAGUACGGCAUGGAUAAUCAGGGUAAUUUUAGAGAGCAGAGUGUUACUAACAUGCAGAGAGCUGUUUACGCUGGAGAAAUGUCUGUUGCUGACUUUUAUGAGCGACAGAUUGAACUCAAAGCAGCUGAGUAUAACGGAAUUGACGAUGGCAGCUCUUGUACUCGAGGACUGGUACCAAAAGUGAGAGCAGUGAGUCAAGGAUGCAGUAACGUGAUAAAUACCUGGAUGUGCUCAACAGUCGAUCAUUAUGGCUCAACCUAUGGAGAUAAAGGCUGGGGCUGUGGUUACAGAAACAUCCAGAUGAUGAUAUCCUCCCUUUUGCAACACACUGGAUACAACGAGCUCGUGUACAGAGCCUGGAGCUCAGUGGGAAGUACAGGCUCCGAUAAUCCCCUGAGAAGCUCGAUGCCCUCGAUAUCGAGACUCCAAAGAAUGAUAGAGUGGGCGUGGGCACAGGGCUUCGAUGUCCAGGGGGCUGAGCAACUCGGUGGAAAACUCGUCAACACCAGAAAGUGGAUCGGAGCAACUGAAGUUGUUACCCUAUUUUCCAGCCUGAGAAUGAAGUGUCAGCUAGUAGAUUUUCAUCGACCCACUGGCCUAGAUGGAAGUCAUCCAGAGAUGUUCAAUUGGGUACUUCAGUAUUUUCAGAAGAGUGAUGACUUUAAACCACCGAUUUAUCUUCAACAUCAGGGACACAGUCGAACGAUAAUGGGGGUUGAGCAGCUCAGAGAUGGCUCAAUUACAAUGCUUGUACUUGAUCCCAGUCAUACACCUGUUCAAAUGGGACAGUUCAAUAGUACCAGCAGUGCACCUGGCGCUAUGAGACUCAUCAGAAAAUCAACUGCUGCCAUGAAAGCUAGGCAGUAUCAAAUUGUUGCUGUUGUGGGAACUAUAGACUCUGAAUCACGUUAUCAGUUGAGUAAAGUAUUGAGAACACUUAGAAUCCCUCAAGACAGGUGAGAAUCACCAGCGACUCCAGGACCUAAUCACCUCCUGAUCCUAGUGUUUUAAUUAAUAAAUUGAAAAUUGGUGAGAAUAAUCGAAAUGAUAAAGUCUCGUGGCUGGACUCGAGGUUUAGAAUCAUCGAGAGAAAAUUUUCACUGAAGGAAACCAAAAUAAAAUAUUCUCUCUUAUUCCUUAAAUUUUCAAUAAUACGAAAGUACCGAUUAAAUUUCUUUCACCCAUGAAUUUUCAUCAUUUAAAAAAUCCAACUAGUCAAUAAAUGCUUAGCCCAGUUGAUCGUUGAAAUAAAAAUUUAAGAAAAAUUGUUAAUUAUCACAAAAUAGACGAGCACCUAUUUGCCUCAUUAAUCGUUCACAGAACACGAAGAAAAGAAAAAGAAAAACUAACGAGAAGAAUGAGAAAAUGCAUUCAUAAAGUACAACUAUACUUUCAUACUCUUAGAAUAAUUUAUAAUAAAUAAAUCAUCGAUAAGUGAUUAAAUACAAUUUCUUUCCUAUUUAUAAAAUCAAUAGACGAAUUUUAAAGAAUUAUGUGGUGUUAUGCGACGCAUUGAAUUGCUCUUUAAUCAUCUAAAACCCCAAAUGUUCAGUAAUAUCGAGAGAUUCCCCAUUUCCCUUGAUCUAGUGUGCCCUAAUUCAUUUCUCGUACUUCUCCAGAUAUUAAUCUUUAUUUUUAAUAAUAAAUUAUUAAGGUUGAUUAAUUAUUAGAUUAACAAAGGCUGUUACCAUUUAUUCCCUCAAUGGAUCACUCGCUCGUUUUAAUAGCAUCUACCAUGAUUGAAUUGUUAGUCAAGUGGUGGAUGACAAGAUAAUUCCAAAAAAAAAACCUAAUUUGAUAAUUAUUUCGCUAAUAUCUCCAAAAUGAAGAACUCACAAAUAAUUGAAUAUUUCCGUGAAGAUUAAUUCCCCCGAUAUUUUCGAAAUAUUCUCAACAUAAUUUAUGGACUUGUCUACCGCUGCCAUUUUGCUGCAGAUAUUAAAAUUGUUACAACAGUCAUUAAAUCAAUUACUGUCAAUAUUUGUAAAUUAUAUGCUUUACUAGAUUCUCCUGGAAUAAACUUGACUAUUUAUAAUAAAUA